AGUAGACGCAUAAACCACCAGACACAGUUAACAGCCAAGCCCACGUAGUUAAACCCACCACGAUUCACGAACCGUACAGAUAGAUCGAGAGAGAUGGAUUACAUAUGGACUGUCUGCCUUGCAACGGUUAAAUCCUUAAAAAACUCAAAAAAGAAGGAAAAAAAAAAAAAGAGUGAAAGAAAAGGGAAACUUCCUUUCUGUAGCUAAUAAAUAACGCAUCUUCUGAUUUCGUUCAUCAGUUCCCUUACAAGCUACUUCUUUUAAUUUCCAACUCCUACACGUAUAUAAAUAAACUCUCUCGCAGCCCUUUAUUGUUUUCAAGUUCAAUUUCAUAUCUUUACCCAGAGAGUAAGAGCCACACAUAGAGAGAGAAAAGAUGGCAAGUGGGGAUCUUGAAAGGGGGAGAGUGACAAAGAAUAGAGGUUACAACAAUAAUACAAGUUUUUACUAUGUAGAAACCUCUGAUAAGCAAUGGACAUCAUGGUUAAUUCCUACGUUUGUUGUUGCUAAUAUUGCUGUGUUUAUUGCUGUCAUGUAUGUCAACAAUUGCCCCAAAAAUAAUCUGGGUUUUGAAGGUAAUUGUGUGGCUAAAUUCCUUGGUAGACUCUCAUUUCAGCCUUUGAAAGAGAACCCUUUGUUCGGUCCAUCUUCUUCCACAUUGGAAAAUAUGGGAGCCCUUGAGUGGAACAAGGUAGUGCAUGGGCAUCAAGGAUGGAGAUUAAUAACUUGUAUGUGGUUGCAUGCAGGAGUUGUUCAUCUGCUUGCAAAUAUGCUCAGCUUAAUCUUCAUUGGGAUUCGUCUUGAACAGCAAUUUGGAUUUGUGCGAGUUGGGCUAAUCUACCUAUUAGCAGGAUUUGGGGGAAGUAUAUUGUCUGCCCUUUUUAUUCAACGUAAUAUUUCUGUUGGUGCCUCUGGUGCUUUGUUUGGCCUUCUUGGAGCAAUGUUAUCAGAGCUUCUUACUAACUGGACAAUUUAUACUAAUAAGAUUGCAGCUCUAUUGACCCUUGUGAUCAUAAUUGCCAUCAACUUGGCUGUUGGAAUUCUUCCACAUGUUGACAACUUUGCGCACAUUGGAGGUUUCUUGACUGGAUUUUUCCUGGGCUUUGUUAUAUUACUUCGUCCACAGUUUGGGUGGUAUGAGAGCCGGCAUCUCCCUGCUGAUGCUCGUGUAAAGUCUAGGCACAAGGCUUACCAAUAUGCAUUCUUGUUGAUUGCCGUGGUUUUACUCGUUGCUGGUUUUACAGUGGGAUUGGUGAUGCUGUUUAGAGGAGUGAAUGGAAAUGAUCACUGCAGCUGGUGCCAUUAUCUAAGUUGUGUGCCUACUUCAAAGUGGAAGUGUGAUAACUGAUGAGUCUUGCUUGCACCUUUUUGUUUCGUGGACAAGAUUUAGGAAACCCUGUUAUUGGAUUCAUUUUGUUUCUUUGUUUUCCGGUUUACUCUCUAACCUGUUCUUGGAUUUCUAUUUAUUUUAUUUUGUUCAUCUGUUUGGGAUGCUUCUACACUUGUACAUGAAUAGUAUAUGCUACUGGGUUUUACCUUGGAUAUAAAAGGAAGAGGUAAUGUUAUAUAUA